UAACAAAACUAACUCUUGUCGGGAAAUUUAAAAUGAAUUCUAUAAAUGUUGAUGACUUAACCCUUGGUGAAGUUAUUGGGGAAGGAAAUAACGGAAAAGUGUAUAAAGCCAAAUGGCACACAAAAGAUGUCGCUGUGAAAAAGAUUGACUAUUAUCCACAAAACUCCACCGAGGUUAAAGAACUUUCGCGUGCAAACCAUGAGAAUAUCGUCUUUUUGCAUGGUACAGCAAUCAGCAAUAACACUCUCUACCUGGUAAUGGAAUUAGUGGAUGGAGGAUCUCUAGAAGCAUUGAUAUAUUCCGAAAAUCCGAAGUAUGAGAUAGCUCAUGUCAUAAAUUGGGCUCUUCAGAUCGCCAAGGGCAUUGAAUACAUGCAUAAAAAGAGACUGAUUCACCGUGAUCUUAAACCGUACCACAUUCUGUUAUGUGAUAGGCAUCGACAUUUGAAGAUUUGCGAAUUUACGUACGCAAGAUUUUUAAGUGAAUCGAUGACAAAUAACAUUGGCACUGCCGCCUAUAUGGCCCCAGAGGUUUUCAACGAUCAGGAGUAUACCGAGAAAUGUGACGUUUAUAGCUUUGCGAUAACUUUGUGGGAAAUGUUAUCACAGAAAAAGCCCUAUGGGAAAAAUAACUUACAAAUAUAUGAGGCAGUUUUGAACGGCGAAAGGCCUUCCCUGGAUGAUAUAAAAUUUCCGUGCCCGCAGGAAAUAAAACAAUUAUUGACCAACUGCUGGAGUGCAGAUCCAAAUGAACGUUACUCCAUGACUGAUAUUAUUGAUGUGCUAAAUAAAUACCCUAUUGUCGUUGAACAACUGAGCUUGUAAAAAGGUACGGGCUCAAUACAACC